UUGAACCCGGGGCCUCAUACAUGCAAAGCAUGCGCUCUACCACUGAGCUACAUCCCCAUCCAUGUUAACCUCCUGAACACACACGUACAUAUACAUCCGUAUACGAUACUACACUACUACAACACCAACAUUAAUACCCAUACAAUUAUAAACUAUUAUAGUGACAAUACAAGCUAACCACAAUGUCACCUAAUACACCUAACUUAAAGCUAACAAUAUGAUUGUCAUAAAACUCAAAAAAGUUUCAACAGUUAGCUAGUAAUACAUUGUGCUAACUAGCUAGCUAGCUAGCUAUCUUCCUAGCGCUUUCAAUUCCACUUCUCAAAGCUCCUCCGUGUUUCCAACUUGCGCCUCCUACUAGCUAGCCCACCGGCUUCUUUUCGCCAUUGUAUAAUGAAAUAUCUGUGUGUUUUUUCUUAUAUAAAUCUCUCGAAACGUGUAAGGGCUUGGCUUUGUAUGAAAAAACAGCGAAUACACCAUCACUGGACUACCUUUUGGACAUGUUCGCUUUUAUUAAGCUAAACUACCGAGUUAGCAGUUAGCUGUGAAUUUUUGUUUUUACUUCCGUUUGUUUUUAGCUCUCCCUCUAACCACGAUUCUCAGACUGGUUUAGGUUUUUUAUUUGUUUGUUUUUGGCUCAAUGGUUAAACUGGGUAUAGAAACCCUGAUACUACAUAAUGGAUGAUGUUAUUUCACUCAGUUCUGGAAGUGAAGAGGACUCGGAUAUUGAGUUUAUUAGCAGUUAUACAGAUGACCUCUCCAAUGGCAUUCCGUUUAUCAGAGCUGAACUGCUGCCCGUCACACCUGUUCUUAUCGAUAUCACAGAGCACCGCUUUUCAUCAGACGGACCAAGACCUUCACAAAGACUGAAGAAACUGCCGCGUUCCACUAUAGAAAUCAUCGAUCUGAAUAAUGUAUCCGAGUCAUGCUUGAGCUUUACAGCCAAAUCGUGUGGGAAAGUUCACCAGUCGUCGUACACGGCGAACCUUGCAACCGAUGUGAUUUGUUUGGACUCUCUCAACGGAGAUGGCGGUCAGUCUCCUGUUCCUGUGUCACGUGACCUAGAAAGUUCGUACACGACCCAACACAACGGCGUCUGGUCAUGUUUACAAGAUAGCAGCACGCAAAGAUCGGUUAACGUUUCACACCCUUCAAGCCCGAAAGAUAUUUCGCUCGCAUUUGAGCCUUCAAAUGGACUCCUGGAGUUUUUCGAAGCACAGAACACUAACCACACAGAGCAAACGUCCACGUCACCACAUGCUGAAAACCCCCCCGACCACGAUGAAAGGCUGGACUCCCCACACAGCUGGCUGAACAAAGCGCUCACUCCUUUUAGCCUGGACAGUCCAUACUACUGCCCAAGUGAAAUCGAUACGGCCGUGUUCUCCGACGAAUCCCUUAUCCUUUAUGACGAUGACAAAGACCAGAAAUACACAACGUGCAGCCUUGAUCAAACCGAAUCCCUGUUUGGGGUUGGCGAAAGUAUGGAGCUGCAAGAAAAAACGCACGCACCCACUUUAGCACCUUAUCCACGGACUCAAUCGGAGCUAAACCCUCAGACGCUACCUACCUCAGACCGAGCACCCGUGCCGGUCAGCCCUACGUCUACCGAGCUCCUCGCUGGCGAUUCUCCAGAAACAGCAUCUGAUCUGGACAUGGAGAGUCCACCUAUCAGUCCUGUGAAGUCCUCUUACACUCUCAGUCCACCGUCACGUGUGGCGCUAGGUGUUGAAGACUCUCCUUCAGUGUUACAGGCGAGCGGCAUGGACGUGGACAUGGACGGCGCAGAUCUCUCCGAACGCCAAACAGAAGACAGACAGCAGAUUUCUCUGGUGCAGUUCAAAAAGCUGAAACAUUUGUUCGGGGGACGAGUUCAAGAUAUGAACGCGGCUCACGAGGACAGCAAAGACUUCGGCAUGGCCGAGCCUCUGUGUAGGCAGAGCCUGAGUCUGGUCUACAGUACCAUCGAAGAGAACUACACCGAGGGCACUUUGCAGCUUCUCUCUGACCUAAUCCAACCUUGUUAUUACCCUCCUGCUGAUAUCACAGCUCACCUCCUGAGAGGAAUCCUCCUGGAGCCACAGUGCACUCAAGUGCUGGCACUGGAAGCCUACAACCUGCUGAUGAGGACGCAGAAAUACCAUCCUGCAGACAAAUCGACUAUCCCAUGGGACUGGGAAUUGAUAUCAUCCGUGAUGGCUGAACAGGACGAGGCGAGGAGGCUGCGCAGUGAAGUGCGCUGUCUCCUGCUUCAGUACGUGCUGCAGGUUUUGGAAGACGACUUCCAGUUCAAGCUCCCGAUGCUGCGGCUUCACCUCUCGAUCGCUAACGAAAUGAUUUCGUGUGAUAAUCGGUUCAGACAGGUCAGGGACCUCAUGACCUGGCUGUUAGAUGCCGCUAAACAGUCAUUCUGUACUUCUGAGGAUGAAGAAAUGCAAAAAAGGGAGCAGAACUGCUGUCUGAAGAUGCUGCUAAUUCUGCAGAGGAUGCUCUUAUUGGCCAUGGAGGUGGACCUCAGACCUACCUGUAGCUCCAGUAAGCUCUCUCAGGAGCUGUGUGUCAGCCUCAACAGCAUGGCACCGUGCAGGCGGCUCAGAAAUUUCUCGGAAAAGCGGGACGGUUUGUGUCGCAGGAAGCCGACGACGGUCCGCAGCACACCAGGGAGUAUAGGGCACAUUGCAGCUCGUACCAGACGUACCAGAUUAUCCACUUUAUCAGACGCUUAGUUCUGGCCCUAAUAAAGUUUUACACAGCAUUAAAAGCAGACACGGUGGCAAACAGAGCCAAUUUAUACAGCGUCAUUUCUUCUUAAUUGUAUGACUGGUCUUAUUUGUAUUCAUUUAUGGAUUUAAGUUGGCUUUAUGGAUUUAUCAAAUGCCUGCGUUUCACAAAAAAGUAUUACAUUUAUGUGUGUAACUGAAAUAAAUAGGCUGUUAAAACUUAAUCCGUAACUCUGAUUAAUGUAACUUAUACGAUUUGAUGCUGGUUUAUAGUAAUUAAUCUUAUGCAUACACUUACACACACAAGAGUUAUGGGAUUUUCAUGAAUACCAGACUCCACAUUUUAAAUGCUCCUACGACUGAUUUACGGAUAAAUCCGUUCAUAUCCUGCUCGAUAAACGAGGCCCAGCGAGAGCGAAAGUGUCAUCAAUGCUACACCGUGGAAAUUCUCAGGUGAUUAAGCUGGUGUGUGUGAUGAUGCGCUUGUUGCUGAGUGCACUAGUUUCUAUAUUUACCCUACUGAUUAAUCGCACUAAUUCAAAGCGAAUGAUUUCAACAUACCCACUAUUUCCAUUUCCUGUGCGUU